AUGGCUGGGCAGGUGUGUGAUGACGUCAUGGCUGGGCAGGUGAGCCCUGACCCCACACCUGGGCAGGUGAGCCCUGACCCCGAUCCUGAUCCUGACCCCACACCUGGACAGGUGAGCACUGAUCUCAAUCCCAGCCAGGUGAGCUCUGACUUGAUCCUGAUCUUGAUCCCAGCCAGGUGGACUUCAGGUGCCUUCCAGGUAUUCCAGGUGCCCUCAGGUGUGAUCCAGGUGUGUCCCCACGUGUAUCUCAGGUGUCCCCAGCCGCCUGGGGGCGCUGUUCCAGCCCCUCCCCCGCCCUGGCCCCGCUCACGGCCGGGGUCGAUCCCUGCAAGGAUCCGCCGGGAAUCCUCAGCCCCCAGCUGGGAUCGGGAUCGGGAUCCGACGGGAAUCCGGGAUCCGCCGGGGGAGAUUCGGGAUCCGCCGGGGGAGAUUCGGGAUCCUAUGGGGGAAGUUCGGGAUCCUAUGGUGGAAAUUCGGGAUCCUAUGGGGGAAGUUCAGGUUCCUAUGGAAAUUCGGGAUCCUAUGGGGGAAGUUCGGGACCUUCUGGGAAUCUGGGAUCCCAUGGGGGUAGACCGGGAUCCUCCGGAGGUGGAUCGGGAUCUUCUGGAAGCUCGGGAUCCUAUGGGGGAAGCUCGGGAUCCUAUGGAGGAGAUUCGGGAUCCUAUGGGGGAUCCUACGGAAAUCCGGGAUCCUAUGGCACCUCGGGAUCCUCUGGAAAUUUGGGAUCCUACGGGGGGGGAUCGGGAUCCUAUGGGGGAUCCAGCUCAGGGUCCUACGGAUCUGGAUCAGGAAAACCCGGAUCAGGAUCCGGAUCAGGAAAACCCGGAUCGGGAUCUGGAUCAGGAAAACCUGGAUCUGGAUCGGGACCGGGCAGACCCGGAUCAGGAUCUGGAUCACAAAGACCUGGAUCCGGAUCAGGAUCUGGAUCGGGAAGACCUGGGGGAAGUGGAUCCAGCUCCUACGGGGGCCUGGAUUCCUACGGGGGAUCCUCGGGAUCCUACGGGGGAUCCUAUGGGGGUGGAUCGGGAUCCUAUGGGGGAUCAGGGUCCUAUGGAAGACCAGGAUCCUAUGGGGGCAGACCGGGAUCCUACGGGGGAUCCUAUGGGAGUGGAUCGGGAUCCUAUGGGGGAUCAGGGUCCUAUGGAAGACCAGGAUCCUAUGGGGGAUCCUAUGGGGGUGGAUCGGGAUCCUAUGGGGGCAGACCGGGAUCCUACGGGAGUGGAUCGGGGUCCUAUGGAAGACCAGGAUCCUAUGGGGGCGGAUCGGGAUCCUAUGGGGGAUCCUAUGGGGGUGGAUCGGGAUCCCAUGGGGGAUCAGGAUCCUAUGGAAGACCAGGAUCCUAUGGGGGAUCCUAUGGGAGUGGAUCGGGAUCCUACGGGGGAUCCUAUGGGGGUGGAUCGGGAUCCCAUGGGGGCAGACCGGGAUCCUAUGGGGGAUCCUAUGGAGGGGAUUCGGGAUCCUACGGGGGCAGACCGGGAUCCUAUGGGGGAUCCUAUGGGAGUGGAUCGGGAUCCUAUGGGGGAUCCUAUGGGGGUGGAUCGGGAUCCUAUGGGGGAUCCUAUGGGAGUGGAUCAGGAUCCUAUGGGGGAUCCUAUGGGGGCAGACCGGGAUCCUAUGGGGGAUCCUAUGGAGGGGAUUCGGGAUCCUAUGGGGGUGGAUCAGGAUCCUACGGGGGCGGAUCGGGAUCCUACGGAGGCGCCCCGGUUACAAGAAUCCCGGGAUCCCCUUCGUGCCGGGGCUGCGCGACCCCGCCCGCAUCGGGGGGCACAUCCCGAUCCGCCGGGGACCGGGAUCCGCCCAGGGGUCCGGGAUGGGAUCCGGGACGGGAUCCGGGAUGGGAUCCGGGAUGGGAUACGGGACGGGAUCCACCCAGGGGUCUGGGAUGGGAUCCGGGACGGGAUCUGGGACGGGAUCCACCCAGGGGUCCGGGAUGGGAUCUGGGACGGGAUCCGGGACGGGAUAUGGGACGGGAUCCACCCAGGGAUCCACUGA